AUGGAGCGAUUAUCGAUCAAUGACCCUCCUGGUACUGGACCGCAUGGAAACCUGCCUCAGGGGAUUCCUCCACAAGGAAACCUAGGACCAAUGACACACGGACCGCCGCAAUUACCACCCCAGAUGUUCACAACCGCGGCGCAGUUAUUAGACCUGACGGAUAAUAUCCCGCGCGGAGUAUUCCUGGUUCGAGGAGAGAACGUGCUGUUGUUGGGUGAGAUUGUACGAUCAUCCUGGCCUCAAUAUACUGGCACCAUAAUCAAGAUGCUGACCUGUGGGUUUUCGUAUCUACAGGAUCUAGACAAGGAAGACGACAUCCCACCGAAUCUCAUAAAGGCGACGUUCAAGGAAGUCUUCGAGUUGAAGAAGAAGGAAGAUAACGAACGAAAGUCUCACGACAAGAAGCGAAAUAACAAGCUACAAGAGCUCGGCUUCGAAGCUGAACAUAGCGGGGAGAUCCUCUUCUAA